UUCCACAGUCCCACAGAGACUUACUGCUUCGUCUCACACAAUCACACUGUUUUCCGAUCUGUUGCUCCCGUCAUACCUCCUUCUCUCUCUCUCUCUCUCUCUCUCUCUCUCUCUCUCUCUCUCUCUCUCCCACACACACACACACACACACAGACACACACACUGAUCAUCUCUCGCUUGUUCUUUCACACACACAAGACGACAAGGUCAUGGACACAGACAACACCACAGGUAGAGGUGGGACAGGAGGUGUUUUGGUGGACAUGGACGGGACAUGUGAAGAAGGAGAUCACAUGCUCAGGAGUCACAGUGAAGAGGCUAUUGUUGACCACGGCAAGACCAGAUCAGCAUUACAUGCGGACUUCGACACUGAAGAGCUAGAGAGUCACAGGGCUGUGUAUGUGGGGGUUCAUGUCCCUCUUGGGAAGGAGAACAGACACAGGCGUAGACACCGAGGACACAGACACCACCGCAGGAGAACCAAAGAGAGAGAAUCUGAGCAGGAUGGAGGGGAGAGAGAAUCUCUUGCACAAGACACCCCAUCUCAGCGUGUACAGUGUAUUCUGGGUACUGAGGACGGUGACGAGGAGCACAUUCCUCAUGAUCUCUUCACUGAGCUGGAUGAACUUUCCAUUCGACAUGGCAACACAGAGUGGAGAGAGACUGCCAGAUGGCUGAAGUUUGAGGAGGAUGUGGAGGAUGGCGGAGAGAGGUGGAGUAAACCUUAUGUAGCCACACUGUCUCUACACAGUCUGUUCGAGCUGCGCAGCUGCAUCCUCAAUGGCACUGUGCUGCUCGACAUGAAGGCUGACUCCAUCGAGGACAUUGCAGACAUGGUGAUAGACAGCAUGGUAGCGUCGGGGCAGCUGGAUGACUCGUUAAGGCCGAAGGUGCGAGAGGCCGUGCUGAAACGGCAUCACCACCAGAAUGAGAGGAAGCUAAGUAACCGCUUCCCGCUGGCCGUGCGCUCGCUCGCUGAUAUAGGCAAGAAACACUCCGAGCCGCUGUUAUUGGAGCGCAGUGGUGAGGGUUUGUCCACAUCUCGUAACUCUCUUCUGAAACUGGGCGGCUCCAUUUCCAACCUGUCCCAGAGGAGCGACUCGCGAGUCUCCAUGCUCCUGAACCACCUCCUCCCUGGCCCCAGCCAUGGUACCACCCCCAGCCCUGUCCCCACCCCACAGAGCACCCCACCAUCUUCUCGACACUUUGACUCGACUGACGGAGCCCCACAAGUCCAUCUGGAAAUCCCUGAGGUUGUGGUGUCUCCACCAGAGGAGGAGGAAGAGUCGGAGGAAGACUUUCUGGAUCUCAGAGCUGGUGAAGACAAGUAUUUGUGUACGUUGGCAUUGUCUUCUUCUCUCUCUGGCUCAGUGGAUGCAGGAAGGUUGAGUGAAAACAGAUCAGCCAAGUCAGGCAACAGCAAAGAUGGCAGCACUGUAGAUCUUAGCAAGGUGGACAUGAACUUCAUGAAGAAGAUUCCUCCAGGGGCGGAGGCCUCGAACGUGCUGGUAGGUGAAGUGGAUUUCCUGGAGAAACCGAUCAUAGCCUUUGUUCGUCUCUCGCCUGCUGUGCUGCUCACGGGACUCACGGAAGUGCCUGUGCCAACCAGGUUCCUGUUUCUAUUACUAGGGCCAUAUGGAAAAGGUCCUCAGUACCACGAGAUCGGACGCUCCAUGGCCACUCUAAUGACAGAUGAGAUAUUCCAUGACGUGGCGUAUAAAGCCCGGGACAGAGCUGAUCUCCUCUCUGGCAUUGAUGAGUUUUUAGACCAGGUGACUGUUCUCCCUCCAGGAGAAUGGGACCCCACGAUCCGCAUCGAGCCUCCUAAGAAUGUCCCAUCGCAGAUGAAGAGGAAAAGGCCGUCGCAACCUAACGGCACUGUGACGCCUACCGAGCCAAGCCAGGAGGAGGAACACCAAGCUGGCCCUGAGCUUCAGAGAACAGGGAGGAUUUUCGGUGGGCUGGUGUGUGAUGUAAAGCGUAAAGCUCCCUUCUACUGGAGUGAUGUGUUGGAUGGCUUCAGUCUGCAGUGUGUGGCAUCGGUGCUCUUCCUGUACUGUGCCUGCAUGUCUCCUGUUAUCACGUUCGGAGGACUGCUAGGAGAGGCCACCAAGAGUAACAUCAGUGCUAUCGAGUCGUUGUUUGGAGCGUCUCUGACAGGCGUGGCGUUCUCUCUGUUCGCCGGUCAGCCUCUGACCAUUCUGGGCAGCACAGGGCCUGUACUCGUGUUUGAGAAAAUCCUCUUCAAGUUCUGCGAGGAUUAUGGGAUGUCCUACCUUUCCUUGCGCGCUUGUAUCGGACUGUGGACGGCGUUCCUCUGUAUAGUGCUGGUGGCAACUGACGCGAGCUCGCUGGUGUGUUACAUCACGCGCUUCACAGAGGAAGCAUUCGCCGCUCUCAUAUGCAUCAUCUUCAUCUAUGAGGCUCUGGAGAAACUUCUGCACCUCCGAGAGACCUAUCCCAUCAACACACACACUGACCUGGAUAACCUCACACUGUACAGCUGUCAGUGCUCGGCUCCCAGCCAAAUGUCAAAUGAGACACUGCAGCUCUGGAACUCAACGGGACACACCACAGAUUCAAUACCAUGGGAUCAACUCAAUGUGUCGAUGUGUAAGCUCCUGCAUGGUGAGUUUGUAGGUCCUGCGUGUGGACACCAUGGGCCUUUCAUCCCUGACGUGCUGUUCUGGUCCAUCAUCCUCUUCUUCACCACAUUCUUCCUCUCCUCCCUGCUUAAGCAGUUCAAGACGGAAAGAUACUUCCCUACCAGGGUGCGCUCCACUAUCAGUGAUUUUGCUGUGUUUUUGACUAUAAUGGUGAUGGUGCUGGUGGAUUAUCUGGUUGGGAUUCCGUCACCCAAGCUCAACGUGCCUGAUCGCUUUGAGCCCACCUCGAAGCACCGUGGCUGGCUGAUCUCUCCGCUUGAUUCUAACCCCUGGUGGAUGGUUCUGGUAUCAGUAAUUCCUGCACUUCUCUGCACCAUCCUCAUCUUCAUGGACCAGCAGAUCACUGCUGUCAUCAUCAACCGCAAGGAGCACAAACUCAAGAAAGGCUGUGGUUAUCAUCUGGACCUGCUGGUGGUGGCUGUGAUGUUGGGGGUGUGUUCAGUGAUGGGGCUGCCGUGGUUCGUGGCUGCCACCGUUCUCUCCAUCUCACAUGUGAACAGCCUGAAGCAGGAGUCCAGCUGCUCAGCACCGGGGGAACAGCCCAAGUUCCUGGGCAUCAGGGAGCAACGGCUCACCGGCGUUCUCAUCUUCACCCUCAUGGGCUGCUCCGUCUUCAUGACCUCCAUACUGAAGUUCAUUCCCAUGCCAGUGUUGUAUGGAGUCUUUCUCUAUAUGGGCGUUUCCUCUCUGAAAGGCAUACAGUUCUUUGACAGGAUAAAGUUGUUUGGUAUGCCGGCGAAGCACCAGCCUGAUCUGAUCUACCUGCGGUACGUGCCGCUGUGGAAAGUUCACGUCUUCACGCUGGUGCAGCUCACGUGUCUGGUUCUGCUGUGGGUUAUCAAAGCCUCGGCUGCCCGUGUCGUCUUCCCCAUGAUGGUGCUGGCGUUGGUGUUUGUGCGUAAGCUGCUGGACUUCUGCUUCACGAAGCGAGAGCUGAGCUGGCUCGAUGACCUGAUGCCCGAGAGCAAGAAGAAGACAGAAGAUGACAAGAAGAACAAGAAAGCUAAACAGGAAGCUGAGCAGCUGACGGAGGAAGAGGAAGAGGAAGAGACAGGGCUAGCAUACACAGGAGGAAGAGGAGGAGGAGGAGGAGGAGGAGGAGGAAACGUGCUGAAGAUUCCACUGCAGGCUCGCAGUGGAAGGUCCUGCAGAACAGCAGCUGUCUCCGCUCACAGGGCAGAAGAUGAGUAUGAUUCAGGAGAAGGUGGUGUGUGCUAGACUGAACAUGGAAGCAGUCCGGGGUGGACAGGACGAGUCGAACGUAGAGACGGCGCUCUAGGGCAGAGUUUAUUCCUUCAUUUUUGGAGCCACGCCUACUCCACCGCUGGAGCGAAGCAGCUCAUAAUCAGCAACUCGAUCCUGGGCUUGAGUCAGCGGCGCCCACUGCUGGACUGGAGGACUGAGAGAGAGCAGCCAUGGAGGAGGGCACAGUGUGUGCAGGAACACACUCACCAAACUCUGAACACACAGGAAAUACUGUAAUGACUUCUUUAUUAAUCUUUUUAUUCAGUUUUUUUAUUUCAGUUCAUGCACAGGGGACACUUUAUCAUUUCAUCUAGUACAUUCUUCUUGUUGUCACAGGACUUUUUUCUUACUUAAAUUUAGUUUACAAUAUUCUGCAUUUUAUUCAUGUAGGUGCAGUCUCACAGCAGGCUUUAAUGCCUUAAUCACUGAAUUCAACAACUAAUCAGCAAAAUCGAUCGAAUCAAGUAACAAUAAUAGUUGGCAAUGAAUUUCAUUAUGAAACACGCUGUGCUACGUCACACAGAUGCUGUUACGUUUCAUCAUCAAGUCGCCAUCCUGAUUUCGGUUCAUGUCAAAAGUGCAGGGUGUCGAUCCCAAAAAAAGAGUCGAUUCCCUGAAUCCUUAAUUCCAGGCAUUGAAAACGAAGAGUCAAAUUUGAGUCGAUUCCACAUACCGAAAAUGAUUCACCUCACGCAAGUAGAGCAAGCAUAGUGAAUUUAGCAUCAGAGUGUUUAUUACUGUCAGAACUGAACAAAUCAUGACCUGAACUACAGGUAAGACCCAGUCGCAAUGAUUCAAACCAUUGGUCCAUUUUUACACUGAUGUAUAGUUGCUAAAAAAAUGUAUGGAACCAGUAAAAAACGUUAUGUUAUGUUAGCUGGGUGGUCGACAUAAGCGCUUGAUAAUAUUCUCAUGCUGUAACAGAUUAUCUGAUGAAUGUCAGUAAUAUUAUAUUGCAGUUAGUGACCUGUUAUAUAAUUAAGCCAUGUUAAAAGUUCUAUAGUAGUAUUAGCUCAUUGAAAUGAAUUGUUUUUUUUUUUUUUUAUUUUAAUAUCCCUACUGAUUAAUAAAAAAAAUCCCAACAAAAAAAAACUAUAGAUUAUUUUAAUAAUCAUUAGCAGCCCUAAUUCACAGAUAUUCACAAUAUGGAGGAAAACUAUAGAAGUGUUGGACUGCAAGUAAACACAACUCUGUUAAGUUAUUGCCUAUUUAUAGUGAUACUUAAAAAAAAGGAAAAUAUAUAUAAUAAAGGAUUUAAUAAAAAUGAAUCUAGAUGAUUUGUCAUCAGUCUAUAGUAUUAAUAAAGCUCUUGUAUACAUUUAUUUAAAGUUUUUGAUCACAUAUUUGAACACAUGAAGUUAUGUUUAACAUUUUAUUAAAAUUUACCCACUCUCAGCAGUUUACUCUCUCUCUCUCUCUCUCUCUCUCUCUUAUAUAUAUAUAUA